GCGGCCACGGAGCACGGAGCGAGAGGAAAUGUUAACAGGAGCAUAUCAUUAAUUCGCUAUUUUUGUUUCUGUUUGUUUGAAAAAACCACAUCAUUCUACAUGCUGCCCGUGUGGAAAACAAUUAAUGUGUCCAGGCGCAAGGAGAGGAUCACCUAAAGAUCGUUAAACACAGAUUGCACCAAACCGGAUCAAGUUGUUUUUUUUUGCGUGUGGGGUAAAAUUACUCCUCUGACCAGUGUGGACUAAUGAUGGCUCUAAUGGUUCACCUGAAGACGGCCGCUCACCUUCGGGGGAAAGGUGACAGGAUCGCCAAAGUUACAUUCAGAGGUCUGUUCUUCUACAGCCGUGUGGCAGAGAACUGUGACGAGGUGGCCCACUUUGAUGAGAUAUUUCGGUGGCCCAUUGCCAGCAGGCUGGAUGGAAACGAGAUGCUGGAGAUCCAAGUGUACAAUUACAGCAAAGUCUUUUCCAACAGACUGGUGGGGACUUUCUGUAUGGUUCUUCAGAAGGUGGCUGAGGAGGGACACGUAGAGCUGACCGACACCCUCAUCGACGAUAACAACACUUCAAUAAAGACCAGCGUAACCAUUGAGAUCAGAUACCAGUCGAUGGAUGGAGCAGUGGGAGUGUGGAGCGACGGGGAGUUCCUCGAUGUUCCUGACGACCGUGACGGGAUGUUUGCCUUUGAAACGGACAGUUUACUGUCAGGACAAAGCGACGGGUCGGGGACGUCUCCUGGACGAUCCUUACAGGGAUCCAUACCGACCUUCAGGAAAGCAGGGAAGGGCGUUUUCUCAGCCAUGAAGCUCGGCAAGAUCAAGAGCUCGAGGGACGAUCACAAGAAAGCAGAUGAGCCGGCGGUUCUGGACUUGGAGGACCUGGACAGGAAGGCGAUGCGUCUUGCUGGAGCCCUGGACCCAGACACCAUCUCUCUGGCGUCUGUCACCGCCGUCACCACCAACGUCUCCAAUAAAAGGUCAAAGCCAGAUAUUAAGAUGGAGCCGAGCUCUGGACGCCCAGUGGAUUAUCAGAUCAGCAUCACAGUGAUCGAGGCCCGGCAGCUGAUAGGCCUCAACAUGGACCCCGUAGUGUGUGUGGAGAUUGGAGAUGACAAAAAAUACACGUCAAUGAAGGAGUCAACCAACUGCCCGUACUACAAUGAGUAUUUCGUCUUUGACUUCCACGUCCCUCCUGACGUCAUGUUUGAUAAGAUCAUCAAGCUCUCGGUUAUUCAUUCUAAAAAUCUUCUUCGAAGUGGGACAUUGGUGGGAACCUUCAAGAUGGAUGUAGGGACCGUUUACUCUCAGCCUGAACAUCAGUUUUACCACAAGUGGGCCAUCAUGUCUGAUCCUGAUGACAUAACAGCGGGGUGUAAAGGGUAUGUGAAGUGUGACAUCGCCGUGGUCGGGAAGGGCGACAACAUCAAGACCCCGCACAAGGCCAACGAGACUGAUGAAGACGACUUAGAGGGGAACCUCCUGCUCCCAGAGGGCAUCCCAGCAGAGAGGCAGUGGGCGAGGUUUUAUGUGAAGAUCCACCGCGCUGAGGGACUUCCUAAAAUGAACACCAGCAUUAUGGCUAACGUGAAGAAGGCUUUCAUAGGAGAGAACAGAGACUUGGUGGACCCCUACGUUCAAGUGCAGUUUGCUGGGCAGAAAGGGAAGACUUCAGUCCAGAAGAGCAGUUAUGAACCGAUCUGGAACGAGCAGGUCGUCUUCACUGAGCUGUUCCCUCCGCUCUGCAAACGCAUGAAGGUCCAGAUACGAGACUCGGAUAAGGUCAACGACGUCGCCAUAGGAACCCACUUUGUUGACCUACGCAAAAUAUCAAAUGAUGGUGAUAAAGGGUUCCUGCCCACCUUGGGUCCAGCUUGGGCCAACAUGUACGGUUCCACGCGUCACUACACUCUGAUGGACGAGCACCAGGACCUGAAUGAGGGUCUUGGAGAAGGUGUGUCCUUCAGAGCCCGUCUCCUGCUCUCCAUCGCUGUGGAGAUCCUUGACACCACUUCACCUGAGCUCAUGAGCUCCACUGAGGUGCAGGUGGAGAGCGUCUCCAACAUCUCAGAGAGCGCCACUGGGAAGAUAGAUGAGUUCUUCCUCUUUGGUUCCUGCCUGGAGGCCACCAUGAUAGACAGGAAGAUUGGUGACAAAGCGAUAAGUUUUGAAAUCACAAUAGGUAACUAUGGCAACCAGAUAGAUGGCGUAAGCAAGCCUUCGUCGACAAAGAAGAAGAAGAAAGACGGUGAGAGUGAAGAAGAGGAGAGUGAGCUCAUACAGAACUCCAGCGAGGACGAGGCGGACGAGGACGGGGACCUGGUUUCAGUCUCCUCCACUCCUCCAAUGAAGCCCGUCAUCACCGACAGGAAUUAUUUCCAUCUUCCCUACUUUGAAAAGAAGCCGUGUGUCUACAUCAAAAGUUGGUGGCAGGACCAGAGAAGACGACUUUACAACUCCAACAUGAUGGACAAGAUCGCUGACAAGCUGGAAGAGGGUUUGAAUGAUGUUCAGGAGAUCAUUAAGACGGAAAAGGCUUUUCCAGAGCGCAGACUCAGGGGAGUGCUGGAGGAGCUCAGUGUCGGCUGCAGUCGGUUUGUGAUUCUGGCUAACAAGGAUCUGAACCAGGCAGGCCGAACCAAACUGGAUCGAGAGCGGCUCAAGUCGUGCAUGAGAGAGAUGGACAGCAUGGGCCAGCAGGCCAAGCAGAUCCGAACUCAGGUGAAGAAAAACACAGUCAGAGACAAACUCAAGAUGGUGCAGAACUUCCUGCAGAAGCUCCGUUUCCUUGCAGACGAGCCUCAGCACAGCAUCCCAGAUGUUUUCAUCUGGAUGAUGAGCAACAACAAGCGCAUCGCCUACGCCCGGAUUCCUUCCAAAGACAUCCUCUACUCCAUAGUGGAUGAGGAAACGGGAAAAGACUGCGGCAAAGUCAAAGCUGUCUUCCUCAAGCUUCCUGGUAAGAAGGGGUUUGGUCCUGCAGGCUGGACAGUUCAGGCUAAGCUGGAGUUGUAUCUGUGGCUCGGCCUCAACAAGCAGAGGAAGGACUUUCUCAAUGGUCUGCCCAAUGGUUUUGAAGAGAUCAAAUCUGCUAAAAUGGACCACGGUCUUCACUCUGUCCCCCCCGUCAGCCUUGUCUACAACAUGAAGCAGGUGUUCCAGCUCAGAGCACACAUGUACCAGGCUCGCAGUCUGUUCGCUGCUGACAACAGUGGCCUGUCAGAUCCCUUCGCCCGGGUCUUCUUCUCCACACACAGCCAGGUUACUGAGAUCCUGAGCGAGACUCUUUGCCCUACGUGGGACCAGCUGCUGGUGUUUGACGAUGUGGAGCUGUUCGGGGAGGCCAGUGAGCUGAGAGAUGACCCUCCAAUCAUUGUCGUGGAAAUCUAUGACCAGGACACUGUGGGCAAGGCAGAGUUCAUAGGUCGCACGUUUGCGAAGCCCACCAUCAAGAUGUGUGAGGAGUACUACGGCCCCCCGAGGUUCCCACCACAGCUGGAGUACUACCAGAUCUACAGAGGGAACUGCACUGCUGGGGAACUGCUGGCUGCCUUUGAGCUUCUGCAGAUACCUUUCGAUGUGGAGGCGAUUAGGCGAGCUCUGAUCGCUGUCCAUAACUUUACUGUUCCUCAAAUAAAGAUUGGUCAAGGAGGGAGGGCCGACCUUCCUCCACUUGAAGGGCCGACAGACUCGGAGCGUGGACCCAUUCUGCCUGUGCCGUUGGGCAUCCGACCCAUCCUGAGUCGCUACCGCAUAGAGGUUUUGUUCUGGGGCUUAAGGGACCUGAAGAGGAUUAACCUGGCUCAGGUGGAUCGGCCUCGUGUGGACAUAGAGUGUGCAGGUAGAGGUGUGCAGUCUGUCCUCAUCCAGAACUACAAGAAAAACCCCAACUUCAGCACCCUGGUUAAAUGGUUUGAAGUGGACCUUCCAGAGAAUGAGCUUCUCCACCCUCCUCUCAACAUCCGGGUGGUGGACUGCCGGGCAUUUGGCCGUUAUACCCUGGUGGGGACCCAUGCUGUAAGCAGCCUGAGACGUUUCAUCUACAGCACCCCAGACAAGACCUCCAACAACUGGGCCACUGCAGCUAAGCUAAUGAAUGGCUACAUGGUCCUUACCAAUGGUGGCUCCCAUCCUCGCUCCUCACCCAGCCUUUCCUCCCGCACCCUCUCUCGCCCCGCAGGUGACAUCAACGUCAACACGGACGCAGACCCUCUGGUCCGAAAGAUGGACACGGUGGUCAAAUUAGACGCUACGUCUGACGCUGUUGUAAAAGUUGACAUGACCGAGGAGGAGAGUGACAAAGACAAGAAGAAGAAGAAGAAGAAAAAGAAGGGAGGAGUAGAGGAAGAAGAUGAGAUGGAUGAGAGAGUGCUGGACUGGUGGUCCAAAUAUUUUGCUUCAAUAGAGACACUGAAGGAGACCCUCAGAGCCCAGGAGACCGCUCAGGCAGAGGCGGAGGAGAGAGAGGACCUGGAGAUAGCUGCGGAGGCAGGAGAUAUCAAACCUGAUGACCUUCCUCUGAAAGGGUCCAAGACAAGGGAAAAGAGCAAAGAGAAGAAGAGCUCCAGGGACAAGAAGAAGGGUCAGGCUGCAGACGGCUCUGAUAAACGACCGGUUAAAGCAAAAGUUGAUGAGCUGAUGGUGUACAACAAGGAACUGGAGAGCGAGUACGGAAACUUUGAAGACUGGCUUCACACUUUCAACUUGUACAGAGGAAAGGCUGGGGAUGACGACGAACAAGCUAUGGAUGACGACAGGAUCGUUGGCAGAUUCAAGGGAUCCUUAUGCAUGUACAAGCUACCUCUGUCUGAGGAAAUCACAAGAGAGGCAGGAUUCGAUCCUAAUAUGGGCAUGUUCCAGAGCAUCCCACAUAACGAUCCAAUCAACGUCCUUGUCCGUGUCUAUGUGGUCAGGGCUGCAGAUCUUCAUCCUGCUGAUAUCAAUGGGAAGGCUGAUCCAUAUGUUGUCAUCAAGCUGGGCAAGUCAGAGGUCAAGGACAAAGAGAACUACAUCUCCAAACAGCUCAAUCCUGUAUUUGGCAAAUCAUUUGACAUUGAGGCCACAUUCCCCAUGGAGUCCAUGCUAACGGUGUCGGUGUACGACUGGGACCUGGUCGGCACUGACGACUUGAUUGGAGAGACAAAGAUUGACUUGGAGAAUCGUUUCUACAGCAAAUACAGAGCCACCUGUGGCAUUUCCUCCAACUAUUCUCUCCAUGGAUACAAUGUGUGGCGGGACCCAAUGAAGCCCAGUCAGAUUCUGGCGAAGCUCUGUAAGGACGGCAAGAUCGAUGGACCUCAUUAUGGGCCGGGAGGCAAAGUCAAGGUGGCCAAUCGAAUAUUUCUGGGACCUACAGAGAUUGAGAAUGAAAAUGGUCUGAAGAAGCAGACUGAGGAGCAUUUGGCUCUGACGGUGCUGACCCACUGGGAGGAGAUCCCGAGGGUGGGCUGUAAGCUCGUCCCUGAACACGUGGAGACCAGACCCCUUCUGAACCCCGACAAACCCGGCAUCGAACAGGGCCGUAUUGAGAUGUGGGUGGAUAUGUUUCCUAUGGACAUGCCUGCUCCCGGACCUGCGAUUGACACAGCACCACGGAAACCAAAGAGAAUACGUAGUUUUAUCCCCAGCUUAAGUUAUGGUGAGUCUGUUUUACUAGUUAGCUCUCCAUUUAUUGUCAAAUAUAAGUCCAACUGUGUGUUCCUUCCUCCCCCCCUUACCAGAUAUGAGCUCAGGGUGAUUAUUUGGAAUACAGACGAAGUAAAACUGGAGGACGAUGAUUACUUCACUGGGGAAAAGUCCAGUGACAUAUUUGUCAGGGGCUUUGAGCUUCGUGUUGUUAUUUGGAACACUGAUGACGUAAUUCUAGAGGACGAUGGUUUCAUGACAGGAGAGAAGAUGUCUGACAUCUAUGUCAGGGGAUGGCUGAAAGGGCAGCAGGAGGACAAGCAGGACACAGAUGUGCACUAUCACUCCCUGACUGGUGAAGGCAACUUCAACUGGCGCUUCGUCUUUCCCUUCGAUUACCUCAUGGCUGAGGAGAAGAUUGUAAUCUCUAAGAAAGAGUCUAUGUUCUCCUGGGAUGAGACUGAAUACAAGAUCCCUCCUCGUCUCACGCUGCAGGUCUGGGACGCCGACCACUUCUCUGCUGAUGACUUCCUGGGUGCGAUUGAGUUGGACCUGAACCGGUUCCCUCGUGGCGCCAAGACAGCCAAGCAGUGUUCCCUUGGUAUGAUCCGAAACGAGCAGGAGCUGCCCACUAUUUCCAUCUUCAAACAAAAGAGGGUCAAGGGCUGGUGGCCGUUUGUAGCCCGCGAUGAGAACGAUGAGAUGGAGCUAACGGGUAAGGUAGAAGCUGAGCUUCAUCUGGUGACAGCAGAGGAGGCGGAGAAAAGUCCUGUAGGGCUCGGACGAAAUGAGCCUGAUCCACUGGAGAAACCAAACCGCCCUGACACUACCUUCCUGUGGUUCCUGAGCCCACUGAAAGCCAUCCGCUACCUGGUGUGCAACCGCUACAAGUGGCUGAUCAUCAAGAUAGUGCUUGCCCUACUGCUGCUCAUCAUGCUGGGCCUCUUCCUCUACAGCAUGCCGGGCUACCUUGUCAAGAAGCUGCUUGGGGCCUAAGAGGCUGCUGGGAGGACUGGGAGGGGGGUGGCCAGCCGGAUAGAUGGGGGAGCUGGUGGGCGCAAACCAAAAGGAGAGUACGAGGAGUCUCACCCACAGGAAGGGAGGCACAGGGAGGAGAAAGCGCUUUGGAAGUACGAUUACAUUAUUUUCUUCGCUGUAUGGAGAGAGGCUGAAACCACCCAAAAUUACUUUUUCCUCCAAGUCAUGAGAAACACUAACUGUCUAAUCCUCCAUCCAACCUGCAGCAAGCCUAAAGAAAUGAAUGCUCAGUAUCUGAACUCCUGACUAAAAAGCAAUCAUUUUCUCAAAGUGUUGUAACCCAGGAUAUCCUUCUUCUUUUCAAGCAAUGUUACAUGACAAUGAAUGUGUCUUUAUCUGUUUAUUCAACUUUUAAUCAGAUUGCAUGGACAUUUAUUUCAAGUGAUGCUGUUGAAUCUUAAUCCCAUUACUGCUACAAUGUCUGCUGUUGUUUUAAGUUAAUAGUCAACAAACGAACAUUAUGUUUGAUAACGCUUUGCUUUAAACCCUAUUUUUAGCAUUUAUAAGCACUAUAUUCACAUUUAAUAAAGGGUUAACUGUAUAACACACUAUGAGCAGAAAUAAGGACAUUAAAGUGUUAUUAAUGUACAGUUAUUGUCAACAAUUCUAGGUUCUCCUGUGAAGACAUUUUAUAUUAUUACAUCUGUAUUUUACUAUAUUAUCAUUUAUUAUCUGUUUAUACAACAUCCUCCUUAUGGGUGCCCACAGGAGGAGUUAUAGUUGUUGACAAAUACAUUAAUAAACACUUAUACUGCUUAUAAAUGCUGAGUAGGGGGGAUUAAAGCAAAGUGUUAUAAUGUUUUUAAACUAUUAUAGGUUUUGCAGUCUUUGCACACUUCACUAAUAAUAAUAAUAAUAAUGUAGAAACAAAAAUAUAGAUGUCUAUUUUCCUAAUUAAAUCCAAUGAGACAUAGAACAAGAUGACUCCAAAAGGGAUUUGACAGGGUUAACUUCCACUUCAAUGUUAAAUCUCUUGGAUCUAAGCAAACAAGCCAGACGGGUCAAAUAGUAUUUGCAAAUAAUUAUUAAAAAAGAGAAUAAAACUAAAUGUUAGUCUAGUUUAAACUUAAAAGCAACAAAUACUUAAAAGAUUACUACUGUUUUCUACCAUAUUGUCCAUAUGCAUGCAUCAUUGUAAUAAUUGACCACAGAGGUCAUGUGUGUUGGCAUGACUGUCUCUCCAAAUCAUCAACCUUCCUAUUUUUGACUUUACAGAUAAUGUAAAGAUGAUUUCAUGGGAAUAAUAUUUAAGUGCACUUGAGUGAAGUGGUAAAAAGGGGGUCUGGGGUUGAUUCUCUAAACUCUGGCUCCAUAUCGGAUGGCAUUGUUUGCAGUGUCUCUUAAUCCCCCUUUCAAAUUUGCCUGCGCCUGACCUCAUUUGUGUUGAAGUCUUUGUUUGUAAUUCUGUCUGUCACUGAUUACAGAGUUAUUGAUUGCACUAAACUUGCCUGUUUUUACAAUUUGUGUUUGUAUAUCUGGUGAAAUGUGUCCGAUAUUUAUUUUUUGUCUCUUUUGGCAAUUUGAAAUAAACUGAAUUACAUUGACAAGAUUCCGAUUGCCCUGAAUAUAACAUAGCUUACAUUUAUUACACUUAUUCGAUACUGUAUCAAACUGCGCCCCCCAACAAGUGUCUGUCAGUUUAGUAAUGACAACUGGUAGAAAGCUACAGGUUGCAUGGCAUGUAGGAUAGUACGCCAUAAAAACGUUCUUAAAAAAGUCAUAGUACAGUAUGUCAGGAAAAGGUUAUAUAUAUAUCACAAAACAUCAUAGUAUAGUGUUUCAUAAAAAUAAAAAAAUUAUAGUGUACGUCAUAAAACAUUCCUAAAAAGCCAUAGCAAAAUAAUUUUGCAAAUAGCAUAGAAUAUAUUAUAAAAAUGUCAAAAAUGGCAUAAAGUAUGUCAAAAAGAGUCGUAACAGUAUGUCAUCAAAAAAAGCAUACCUCAUGAAACUAAAUGUGAUAUAAAGACAAUGUGCAUGUCAUAAAAUGUCAAUGAAAAUGUAAUAAAAAGUAAUUUUACAGUAUGAAAUAAAAUGUCAUAAUAAAACUGGCUUAGUAUAGUAUGUCAUAGAUAAAAUUAUUAAAAUAAUGUCAGAAUAGUACUCAGUGUGAUAAGGGAGGAGGGGGCUAGUAUAUUAUGUCAUAAAAAAAACAAAAUAUAGUUUGUCACAUUAUGUACAUUAUGUUGAAAAAAGACGUAGUAUAGGAUGUCAAAAAGUGUGAUAAUAUAGUCAAAUGACAAAAGUCAUAGUAUAGUAUGUUGGAAAAAAGUGAGAAAAAUAUUGUAUUAUGGUUGAAAAUUAGUCUAGUGUGUCAUUAAAAUUCCUUAAAAAUUAUAGUAUGAUAUGUCAGUCAAAGUCAUAGUAUAGUCAUAAAAACCUUUCACAAAACGGCAUACUAUAGUAUUCCAUUAAAAUGUAAUGUGAGAAUUUAAUAACAUAGUACACAGUAUAGUAUGUCAAAAUAUGUAAUAAAAAGAUGUAUAGUAUGCUAUAAAAAUGUAAUUAAUUCAAAAUAAGUCAUAGUAUAGUAUGCAAUUAAAAAGGUCUUCAAAAGUCGGAAUAUUAACUCAGACUAUAAUAUGUCAGACAUGUAAUUAAAAAAGUUAUAGUAUAUUCUAAAUAAAUGUCAUAGUAUCGAAUGUAAUUAAAAGUACUAAAAAAGUAAUUGUAUAAUGUGACAUAAAUAAGUCAUAAAUACCAUUUACUAUACUAUAGUUAAAUUAAAUUUUAAUCAUCUGUGCUUCACCUCAUUUACAUUUAACACACUACUCGACUACUGCCUCACAAUGCACCCCUUAACAAGCCUCUGUCAGGUUGAGAAUCACAUCUUAGAUAACUAGUUUCAUGGUGGUGCUCUGCCACUGUCCCUGAAAUUACGUUACACCGACUGGUACUUGAUCGUUGUUAGGAUUUGCGGACUUAGUGGGAGUUUAUAAUGACUUUGUUAUAGUAAUGAAAGUGUUCGUAAUAUCCUACUUCCACCAGCGUAAUUAUUUAGCCCACUACUGUUCUUGGCUAGAGACCUACUCUGCGUGGCUGGUUGAGGCAGAGAUGAUUGGUUAGGACUAGGCAUUGAUCUUGAGGAGUUAGGGUAUGAUAGGCCAUUGAGAAGGACAUAGGACCUGAAAAAAUCAAAUUACCGGUACCUCGGUGAGCAUGGACGCCUGGCCAAUCCUUGAGUUUGAAUGCUACGCAGGUCCGGUCUCGCCAAGAAAAGCAGUGGGAUUCCUAAUAACGCUUCCACCCCUGUGACAUAUUCUCCAGAACUUUGCAUGGAAAUAAUGAAUGAAGAUGAGUGCUGUUUAAUCUCAGAAUC